AUGGAUGACGGAUUCGAGGUUAUUGCGAAGAUACCAUAUCGCUUUACCGCUGCUACCCUAUGCUUCCUCCAUGCAAAAGGCAUCCCUGUGCCCCGGCUAUAUGGGUAUUCGUCUUCAGAGGAUAACCCUGUCGGUGCGGAAUACAUCCUAAUGGAGAAGGCAAUGGGUGUUGGAUUACAGAAUAAAUGGCAUGGCAUGAGCAAACGUGAUCGGCAUAAGCUUGCAUCGAGUUUCGUUGAGAUUGAGGGGAAGUUCUUCAACAUCCCUUUUGGCUCUAUCGGGAGCCUUUACUUCAAAACGGACAUUAAGCAGGACCAUCAGACUGCACUAUAUGCUCCAGAUGUAACACAUAACGAAGACUCUCAAGUAUUCUGUAUUAGUCCAACAGCGGAUUACAUGUUUUGGUACGGUAGAAGAGCCGCUCUGAAUAUUAAUCGUGGACCCUGGAACAACCAUAAAGAGUACCUAGCGUGUAUUGCUAGAAAAGAGGCUGAAUGGAUCCGCUGCUUUGGGAAACCAGUUGAAUUGGACUUCCCAUAUAAUGGCGUCUUUCCUGGGUUGAAGUAUCCGGCUGAUUACUUGCCACUUCUGGACAAGUAUCUCGCUUUAGUUCCAUUUCUGCUUCCGGAGGACACAAAUAGCCGUCUCAAUAAACUGACACUUCGGCAUCCUGGUAUGAACCCAAACAAUAUCUUAAUCUUACCAGAGUCUGGUACUGUGUCUUCCGAGGCGGAUGAACUCUACCGGCGACGUUUACUAUUUUAUCAUUACCAUAUCUUCAACGGUCAUUACAACAAACCCCAUCUUGAAGCUUCACGUGACCCCAUUCUGCUUCCCUGGCAGCAUCUCGUUGAUACGGCGGGCCGUCAGUGGAGUGGAAAUCUAGUCACUUUGAAGGGAGCUUUAGUCCGGAUGGUGGAAUAUUGGCCUCACCUACCUGAUACAGAGGGGAAGCACUACCCUGUAAAGUUCUCAGCGGAAGAACUGAAUGACUUUCACGAUGAAGAACAAACAUGGCUCAAUCUGAAAAAGGUGGUGAGUCAGUGGUAUGAUCAAGUCGGUGGUGUGUCCGAAGAGGGAUGGGUCAGUAACGAACGCUAUGAUGAGACUGUCCAGAGAGUUGCGGAACUCCAGUCUGCACUAAUAGCGAGUGCGGAAGGGGAUGAGGAAGACAUUCGGCUGUUGGAAGAAGGAUGGCUAUUUAGGGAUCGUGACGAAGUUUAUUAA